AUGGACUCGAGCGACGAUGACAACGAAGACACCAGGUCUUCGAAGAGCAACAUCAAGAGACACACGCGCACUCAAUCACUUGAGAAAGCUACCGUCAUUCCAAGUCCCAAGCGAAGAACGUACAGAUGUCCGUCGCUUGAGCAUGUGUCAGCGGCUGCAAUGGAUUUUGAAGCAGCCUACAUCGUUGAUUCAGUGGGGGAAACGCCGACUACAUUCAAGUCGGCGAUGGAAUCAAGCGACUCCGGCAAGUGGAAAGAAGCGUGUGACUCGGAGUUCGACUCGCUUCAGAGAAACGACACGUGGGAAAUCGUGCCUCUUCCGAAAGGUCGCAAGGCCAUCGGGUGCCGAUGGGUUUUUCGUGUAAAGGAGAAUCAAGAUGGCGAAGUUGAACGUUUCAAGGCAAGACUUGUGGCCAAAGGAUUCUCACAGAAAUUCGGAGUUGACUAUGAAGAAACUUUCGCACCGGUGGCCAAGUUCACAUCGAUUCGUGUGGUGCUCAGUAUGGCGGCUAAGUACGGCCUAAUGCUACAUCAGAUGGACGUCAAGACAGCGUUUCUUAACGGCUCCCUCAACGAAGACAUCUACAUGGACCAGCCGGACGGAUACCUGGAUGCAACACAGCCGGACUAUGUGUGCAAGCUAAAGAGAUCACUCUACGGCUUGAAGCAAUCGCCUCGCAUGUGGAACCAAACAAUCGAUGGGUUCAUGAUCAAGAUGGGAUUCAAGAAGUGCGAAUCGGACCACUGCAUCUACAUCAAGCGAGACGACCAAGACAUGAUUCUCGUGGUGCUCUACGUCGAUGAUCUCAUCCUGGCCAGCAGCAACAACGAACUCCUCAAGUCGACCAAGAUGGCGCUGAGCAAACGCUUCGAAAUGACGGAUCUCGGUGAGCUCGAUUACUUUCUCGGCAUGGAGAUCAAGAACGACCGUAAGACGGGAAUGGUGACUGUGCAACAAACCAAGUUUCUCAAGUCCGUGUUAACCAAGUUCGGAAUGGAUAACAGCAAGCCAGUGAAGACGCCUCAAGAUCCCGGCCUGAAGCUAACCAAGAACAUGUGUGAACAAGAAUGCAAGCACGAAGACACCAUGUGCAACGUGCCAUAUCGAAGUGCUGUCGGAGGCAUCAUGUAUCUCAUGGUCGCCACACGUCCGGAUCUAGCUGCUGCACGUGUGCUGAAAUACCUGCAAGCAACGCCCAACCAUGGUCUUGAGUUUACACGUCAAGAAGGAAGCCGUAUCUGCGGGUACACCGACGCAGACUGGGCCGGCGACAUUGAGUCAAGACGAAGUACAAGCGGCUAUGUGUUCAUGAUGAGCGGAGGAUGCAUCAGCUGGAAAAGCCAGAAACAACGGACGGUCGCGCUAUCUUCAACAGAAGCAGAAUACAUGGCGCUUUCCGAAGCAACCAAAGAAGCAGUAUGGCUCAAAGUGCUUUUGGGGGAACUUGGUGAGAUGACAAGCGACGAAGCGAUCAAGAUGUAUGAAGACAACCAAGGAUCAAUCGCUCUCGCCAAGAACCCGGAGUUCCAUAAGAGAACAAAACACAUCGACAUACGCUACCAUUUUGUGCGUGAGAAGGUGGAAUCAGGUGAAGUCGUUUUGGAGUAUUGCCCGACUCAAGAUAUGCUGGCAGACAUGAUGACCAAGCCGAUCGCCGCUGUACAAUUUGAAAACAUUCGCGAUCGACUUGGGAUCCAAGGUGCCGCAGCUAACGAGUCGAGAGGGAGUGUUGAAAAGACAGCAGCUGUGAAGAAGACACCUCGUCAAGCUGCGUCAAGUGUUGAAGCAAGUGGAAGACCAAGCUUCGCUAUACCGGUGGGUACCGGUAUGUACCAGUAA